GGGGAGGGGCUUAAAAGUCGUUUGUGUCUGUCAGUGGGUUGUCAAAAUGGACAACAAAACAUUAAAUUAAAAAAUGCAAAACUAUAUUUAAAACAUGGAUCUCGUUACACAGACUAGCCUCGAGGCCUUGCUCUUAAAGGCUACAAACCCGCAAAACCAAAACAUUGACACCGCCGCAGUGGAGGCUUUCACCACCUUAAUAAACAAAGAAAAAGAUGGGGCUCAUAUAGGGGUUAAAGUCAUAUCCGCAAGACUUCCUUCAGGUAAUGAAAGAGAAGUGCUGCAAACGUUGAACGUCUUAGACGUUUGCAUGAGCAAAUGCGGCGUCCAUUUCCAAAACGAAGUGGGAAAAUUUCGAUUUCUAAACGAGAUGAUUAAAUUGGUGUCCCCGAAAUAUUUAGGGGCGCACACUCCUCUGGCUGUUAAACAAAAGGUGCUGCAAUUGAUGUAUGUCUGGACCUUGGAUUAUCCCAAGGAAAUUAAAAUUAAGGAGGCAUUUGACAUGUUAAGGAAACAAGGUGUGAUAAGAGACAUUCCCAAUCCAAACAUAGCGUUAGAUACAAGCAAUAUUUCCAAGAAACCUGUUAAUUCCAUAUUUUAUGAUGAUGAAAAAUCAAAAAUACUUCAGAAGUUGCUGCAGAGUAAAGAUCCAGAAGACAUUCAGGCAGCCAACUGGUUAAUCAAGAGCAUGGUCAAAGAAGAUGAUAAAAGAGCUGAAAUAAGGAGUAAAAGAAUCUCAGAACUGGAGUCAGUUCAAAACAAUGUGAGACUGUUGAAUGAAAUGCUAGAUUCAUACAAACCUGGUAGUCAAGAAUUAGAUCUUAUUAAAGAAUUAUACCAAAGUUGUGAAAGAUUUAAGCCUAACAUUUUGAAAAUUGCCCAUGACUCCCAUCAAAGUGAAGAAAUGUUAGUUGAGAUUUUCGAGACUAGCGAUGAAUUGCGGCAGGUCCUCCAUAAGUACCAAAAAAUCAUUGUUAAGGGCAAAGUGCCUGGUUCCAAUGUUACUGCACUCCUAGAAUUUGACAGUUCAGAUUCGUCCGUCGACAGCAUCGAGGCCAUUCCCAAUCAAACGAAAACUGAGACCUCUGAAGUACUGCACGACAUUCUUACAUCAUCCGAUGUGCCCGACGCUGCGGGGGAUGUUCUGCAACCUGUUCAAUUACCACGCACUGAAUCAAAGAGUAAGGAGUCGAAAGCUGAUAAGUUUAGUGCUUUAGAAGACUUGGAUUUGUUGAGUGAACAACUCAUUAAAGAGAACUUGGGAAAGCAAGGAAAUUAUAAGAAUUUGGAUAAAGUACCUAUGAAUCUCCUUACAAAAAACAAUGAAACAAAAGUUGAAAACAUUGAGAAGGUUACCAGCAAAUUAGAGGGGUUGGACUUGAGUUAUUUGGUCAAUCAAACGCGCGAUAGCUUGUACAAAGCAAAACAGGAGACUUUGAAUACCUCACAAGAGGAUGAUUUAUUAGUGGACAUAAUGGAUGAAAAAUUGCUAGAGUCACACGAUAUUGAACAGAUUGAACAGCUUAAUGGUGAUAAACAGGAAACAAACGGCACGCUCAGUCCGCAGAGUCAGAAGAGCGACAUCAACCUGAAAGAUAUUUGUGUUAAAUUAGAGAGCAUUAAGCCAAGCAACCUCGCCCCAAUACCCGUUUUCACGGAAAGGAAUGGGGUGUCGGUAACGUUGCACUUUGCAAAGGAUAAACCAAAGGAAGAUGUGAGCGUUUAUGUGAUCACUACUAUUAGCAAAAACAAUUUGCCCCUGACAAAUUAUUUAUGUCAGGCGAUUGUUCCAAAGGGUUGUAAAAUAAAAUUGCAAGCUCCGUCUUCGAAUUCUCUUCCGGCAUUCAAUCCGUUUUUGCCUCCGGCUGCCAUUUCGCAAGUGAUACUUUUGGCGAAUCCGUCUAAAUUGGAGGCGUCCAUCAAAUUCAUCAUUAGUUAUGUAAUGGAUGAGGAAAAUGUCACAGAAAUGGGCGAGGUCGAAAAAUUGCCGGUCGUCGAUUAAAUUUAUUCUAAUAGGUACUCGUACUUAAAGGUUUUCUCAAAUUGUGCCAUUUGAAUAUGGUUUUGUGAUUAUUUUAUUUUAAUGACUUAAGUUCCUAUUUUUUAUCAAGUAUUAUGCGUCAGUAUUAGUUCUAUUUAUACAUACACCAAAAAAUUUAACGCUUCUGCUAUACACUAUCAUUUAUUUAUUGUUUAUAUUUUAUUUAUUUUAUAGGUUUUCAUUAUAGUAAGGAUAAAAUAUUUAUAUAUUUAUGUAAAGUAAUAAUAAAAUAUUGUUAUGUCUAAAUUACUUGGCUUGUUAUUGUGCGUCAAUUAAUAAUUACAAGGUGUUCUAAAAUAGGUGAUUUGGAGCAAGUCCAAUAAUGAAGAAAAUUUAAUCCUUUUCAAACUAAAUUUUAAUUUUUUUUCUUAAACCUUUGUUUAAAUUAAAUUAUCCUAUAAUACAUACCUAUAAUUGAAUGUAAUUAACUUUUUCCAUAAUGAAGCACUAGUGGGAUUUUUGGCCUCUAAAAUUUUAUGACAUCACACUU